GAAGACAAUCUACUCAGCUACCAUGAAGGCAUGAAAUUCUCAACACACGAUCGAAACAAUAACAAAUAUGAUCGUAGGAAUUGUGCGUAUAAUCUCUCUAAUGGAUGGUGGUAUAAGGAUUGCGGUGUUUGUGACUUUAAUGGACUAUUUAUAGGCAAUCAACACUGCGACUUCAAUGUGAAGGAAGUAAAGAUGCUUAUACGCCCCAAACAAUAGAUGAACAUUUAUAGAUAAUCAAAAUAUGUAAAUUGCA